CUCUUUACAUCCAGAAAUCCAUAAAAUCACAGGGAAUCCCUUUUCUCUGGUCUCUGGUUUACCACAUUAUGAUCCUAUUCCCUAUUAUUUUAUUUCUAACACUUCUACCGUAUCCAUGCACCUGCUUAAAAGUUAAAUCGGAAGUAGAUGUGACAAAAUAUGGGUUGACGCAAAAAGAAAUCUUGAAAUCUCCACAUUAUAAAGACAAAGUUUUCAAUGUUCCCAUGUCGACAGAGUCUGGAGAAGAGCUCUUGGAGCAUUGGGCGGUUCAAGGAUUUUCCGGAGUUGUCGCAGCGAUUGCUACAAGAAGACUAGCCCUUGUUGAAGACUACCAAAAAAAGAGCCAUGAGAAAUGCUCAUCCGAGGCUGAAACUCUUUCGGAGCACGCAAGUUGCUUGCUCAAGCUAGAAGACGACGCACAUAGAAAUCGAUUGGUUCAUAGGAGAAAGCUCUUCAGCAGAAAGAUGCGUCGCCGAAUCGAUAAGAUGGUUACCAACACUACAAUGACUCCAAUAACUGAAAAAGAGAUUCGGGAAGAUAAAGAAUGGAUUGGGUCAUUCAAGUUUCGGGCAAAACGAGAAAUUAGAGUGCACACCAGAGAUAGCUAUACUUUAAAAGCCGAAAAAGAAAUGACACCAUUCGGCCUGGUAACGAGACAUCUCUCUAGCGCUGUGAAACUUCUCAAAAAGACGGACAAGGUGUCAAAGUGGCAAGAUACUAUCGAACGAAUCACCAAGAAAGCCGAAGAAAUCAAAGAGCAAAAGAAAAUGGAGGAUUUUAUGCAAAAGAGAAUGUCGAUUUAUGCAGAUGCAGCUGAAAAGAUGAAGCAGAAUAAGAAGAUUGCGAAGGAUGAUAGUUUAAAGGAGUUCAACGAUUUGGAGCAAUUUAUAGACAAUGAUCAGAUUAAGGAGGUGUUGAGGAAUAGGAAGAAUAAAAUGACGGAACAGGAAAAGUUGAUGAUGAUUCCGAUGAAAAUGAUGAGAGAUGCCGCCAAGAUGGGAUUGGAAAUGUCGGGUCACAAUACAACAGAUUUCGAUCGGAAAAUUGUCAGAAUUAUCAGUCCACGUCUUAUGAGUGUGAUUCCACAAGAAGAAGCUGCAAAGAAUAAUGAGAUUGAUCUCCUCUCUCCUUCACUAUUUGCUCUACACGAGGAUGGCUCUGGAGUAGAAAAGAAAGCAUCACUCGGAAACAUCCUAGGAUCUCUCACCGAUAACAAAGACUCUCAGGAUUUCUUGGAUUUUAUUGUGGAAGCAACUGGUGUCAAUGAAGCGAUGGAACGGGUUGAAAGAAAAAUCGGAGAGUAUCGAAGACUCAAAGACGAUGCGAUGGGAAGAGGGCCUGAAGGUCAACCGUUGUACUUCACAAAAGAAAAUGUAACAGAAAAAUAUCCGCAUGAGGCGAGGAAAAUCGAAAUGUUCGAGUCUUUGGAUAAAACUUAUACCGAUGAGCAGCUCAAGGAGAUGAACAGAACAGGCUAUACUAUUAUGAGACAUGAUCAGAUGGAUUUGAUCUACGGGAAGGGAUCAGUGGGGGAAAAUGAGAAGUUCUUGAAAUUGGCAAAAUCAAUGAGCAGACCACAAAUCGAUAGAGCUAUUAUGGGAACAAUCAAGGACUUGGCACAUGAGAAAGUCAAAUUUGAGGCAAAGAGAAAUGAUAUUAUUUUAUCACCGAUCACAUUUAGUAACUUCAUUUUGGAUCCAGUGGCUGUCUCCCAACCGGCAAUCCUGUCUCCUGUCAUGCUGUCAUCACUGAUCCUCUCUCCAGCUGUCUACGGAGUAAUGAUCCUUUCCCCAUGGCUAUUGGUACCUGUCAUUCUUUCCCCGCGUCUUCUAUCACCAGUAGCUGUGAAUCCGUUCCUGCUGGUUCCGAUCAUUCUAUCACCUCUAGCCUUUAACCCAUUCAUCCUGUGCCCAGGAUCCAUGAAUCCAUUCGUACUUUCCCCGCUCAUCUUCGCCCCAUUCAUUCUCUCCCCACAAGUACUGACUCCACUGAUCUUGACUCCGUUCUGUCUCGGACCAAUUAUUCUGAACCCACUGGCGUUGAGUCCCCUAGUUCUGUCCCCAUUCGUCUUGUCCCCGACAAUCCUCUCUCCUCAGUAUGUGACUGCUGUCGUGCUUUCUCCAUAUGCUCUGAGCCCCGCGUGGGGAUCCGAUGGAGCUAUGGUCACCGUGUUUGCCUCUCCAAGUUGGCUUUCAUAACAUAUAUAUAUAUAUAUAUAUAUAUACUUCACUUGUGAAUUUAUGGGUCAUAUAUCUAACUUCUCAAUCUACAACUAUUACAUGUACAAUUUAAUAAUUGAUUAUUUUUAAUAAUAAUAAAAAUAUAAUAAUUUU